GCGGAUGAGUAAUGCAUCCAGGAAGCGUGGAGGCCUGUGGUUUCCGCAAGACUGCCGCAGCCACCCCGCCCCCGCCCCUUGCGUGGACAUUUAUCCUCCGCUGCUCAGGCCCUGCCGCCAUCCCCAUCGCUGCAGACCCAGCGUCUAGAGAGGCUGCAUCAGAGAAUCCAUCAUGGCCACCUUUGAAUCCCUGGCCUCCGGCAUCCUGCUGUUGCUGUAUCUGACAGCCCCUAGCAGGGCCUGCAUCUGUGGUGCAUACCACCCACAGAUGGCCUUCUGCAACUCUGAUGUUGUCAUCAAGGCCAAGUUUAUAGGGACAGCAGAAGUCAACCAGACAACUUUAUAUCAGCGUUAUGAGAUUAAAACGACCAAGAUGUUCAAAGGGUUCAACGUCUCUGACAUCCAGUUCGUCCACACCCCAGCCAUGGAGAACCUCUGCGGAUACUCCCACAGGUCUCAGAACCGCAGCGAGGAGUUUCUCAUCGCUGGGCAUCUGAGGGGCGGGCAGCUGCACAUCACCAUCUGCAGUUACGUGGUCCCCUGGGACAGUCUGAGCUCCGCUCAGCGCCGGGGCUUCACCAAGCUCUACAGUGCUGGUUGUGAAGAAUGCACAAUAUACCCCUGCUCAUCCAUUCCCUGCAAACUGCAGAGUAACAAUCACUGUUUGUGGACGGACCAGCUGCUCACAGGCUCUGACAAGGGCUUCCAGAGCCGCUUCCUUGCCUGCCUGCCACAGAAGCAAGGGUUGUGCAACUGGCAGUCCCUGCGGUCCCACGGCGCCUGAAUCCUGCCCCCGGCAGAAGCUGAAACCUACACAAUAUUCACCUCCCUUUCCCACUUCUGUCUUGCUCUCUUCAAGGCAGUGAAAUAAAGUCCUAGCACUCAGCA